GUUACUGUGCGAGAGCGUGAAGAAAAUCUGUUUUCUUUCUCUGCGUCAUCGUCGUAGCAGGCUAAUCAUUGCACACUUUAACACUGCCCUCGGAGCGUUUGCGUGUAGAGUAUGCUCCCCAGGUAGUCGGAACGGACGGAAGAGCAAUAGGGGGCCCCGUGGCCCAAUCUGAAACCAGUUCCAUCCACCCAUGCCGAUCCGAUGACAAACUCGAGCGGUGUAAGCUAAUAAGGCGAACGAAAAAAACCCAGUGCGAAGGGGAAAGGUUCGGAAUCGCUUCUUCGCAGAACGCAGUCGCAUAGCGGCAGUUCGCCCAAAGCCGCCUCGUCGGGCGAUGCGAUCGCACAUCAGCAGCAGCUCAACCCUCCUGUCGAACGCAACGCCAUCGCCGAUCGGUUCGCUGAUGACACCGCAGCGGCCGCCCCGCCGCAGGGCGCAAUCGGUAGGCAACUCCAACUAUGGCUCGACCCCAGCGCUAGCUUCCCAUACGCCACGAGGAUCACUGUUUACGGCCAACGACGAAGAUGUCUGCUACGUGCGAAUCAAAGUGCUGUCGGCGAAUUCACUCGCCAAAAAGGACAUCUUCGGCUACAGCGAUCCAUACGUCAAGAUCGAGCAAAACACCAUCACCGGCGAUGUUAACGUAGAUCAGGUGGUGACCAAAACGAAGCGAAGGACGCUAAAUCCGAUCUGGAACGAAGAGUUUGUGUUUCGAGUCAAACCGAACGAACACAAGCUUGUGCUGCAGGUGUUUGACGAAAAUCGCCUCACGCGCGAUGGCUUCAUGGGACUGGUCGAUCUGACGCUGAUCAACUUGCCGCGCGAACAAGAGGGCCGAACGAUCGCAUUCAAAACGUAUCCGCUGCGGUCCAAGCGCCAGUCCAGUUUGCGCGGGACCAAAGUGCGCGGCUCGCUCGUCCUGUACCAUGCGAUCAUGCGUGACGAUGAUCCGAUCAUUGUGCGAACAUUUGGAAGUGGAAGUGCUAGUGCCACCCAAACGACCGGAACGGCCUGGUCCCCGGUGAGCACCGGUGAUCGAACGUCGUCGCCUGCAGCGGCCAGCACACCCGUUCUAACGCCGGCGCAGUCUCAAUCGCCCGGGCCAAAUUCGCAUCAGCUGCAACAGCACCACUACCAUGAACGGCAACAGCAACCGGAACCACUGCCACCGGGAUGGGAGGUGCGACAGGAUCCGGUCGGCAGGACGUACUACGUGAACCACAUUGCCCGAACCACGCAGUGGGACCGGCCCAGCAUUCUGUACGCCCAACCGGGGCUGAACGAAAUGGUGGCCGCGUUUCAGCGACGGUUUCAUAUCAGCAACGAUCCGGACAAUGGCAACAACAACAGCAGCCUGUCGAAUGAAGUCGGGAUGUCUUCCCCCCCAAGUGGCCAACCCAACAGCAGUGCUGGAACCGUUCCGGUGCACACAUCACGAUCGGACUCACCGGCGGUGUCGGGCAGUUCGAGUGCCUCCCCGACAGCCGGAACGGCGUCUUCAACUGCUGCUGCAGCAGCAGCUCCCAGUGCUUCAGGUCUUCCGCCCGGUUGGGCAGUACAGACAGCGGCAAACGGGCGUCUUUUCUUCAUUGAUCACAUCCACAAAACAACAUCCUGGGUCGAUCCGCGUACUGGCCUCGCAAGCCCCAUUCCUAAUGCACCCGGCUCAGUUGCCAACGGUGCUGGCGGUUCCGGAACGGCCAACGGAGCACUCAGCAAUGGGCAAGAUUCGCGCUCAACGGACGAUAAUCUGGGUCCGCUGCCCGAGGGCUGGGAGGAACGGGUCCACACCGAUGGGCGCACGUUCUUCAUCGAUCACAACACGCGCAUCACGCAGUGGGAUGAUCCACGACUUUCGAACCCGAAAAUUGCCGGCCAAGUGGUGCCGUACUCACGCGACUAUAAGCAAAAGUAUGAAUUCUUCAAAAACCAGCUCCACAAGCCGAACAACGUGCCGAACAAGAUCGACAUCAAGGUGAAGCGGGCCUCGAUCCUCGAGGAUUCGUAUCGGGUGAUUAACUCGGUCACGAGGACCGAUCUACUGAAGACGAAGCUGUGGGUCGAAUUUGAAGGUGAGACCGGUCUCGACUAUGGUGGAUUGGCACGUGAGUGGUUCUAUCUGCUGUCGAAGGAGAUGUUCAAUCCGUACUAUGGACUGUUUGAGUAUUCGGCGAUGGACAACUAUACGCUGCAGAUCAAUCCGGACAGUGGGCUGUGCAACGAGGAGCAUCUCAACUACUUCCGCUUUAUUGGCCGAAUCGCCGGAAUGGCCAUCUACCACGGUAAGCUUCUCGAUGCGUUCUUCAUUCGGCCAUUCUACAAAAUGAUGCUCCAGAAGCCGAUCGAUCUGAAAGAUAUGGAGGCGGUCGAUACGGAGUACUACAACUCGCUGCUCUACAUCAAGGAGAAUGAUCCGAGCCCGUUGGCCCUAACGUUCAGUCUGAACGACGAGCGGUUGGGCACGAUGCACCAGCACGACCUGAAACCGGACGGUGCCGAUCUGGAGGUGACCAAUGAUAACAAGGACGAGUACAUUCGGUUGGUGAUUGAUUGGAAGUUUGAGGCUCGCGUUAAGGAUCAGAUGCAAGCGUUCCUCGAAGGGGUCAGUUCGCUGGUUCCGCUUAAUCUACUUAAAAUUUUCGAUGAGAACGAACUAGAACUACUGAUGUGCGGCAUUCAGAGCAUCGACGUGAACGACUGGAAGAAGAACACGAUGUACAAGGGGGAUUACUACGCGAACCAUGCGGUCGUGCUGUGGUUCUGGCGGGCGGUGCUUUCGUUCAACAAUGAAAUGCGAGCCCGGUUGCUGCAGUUUGUAACCGGGACGUCGCGGGUGCCGAUGAACGGCUUCAAGGAACUGUACGGCUCGAACGGUCCACAACUGUUUACGAUCGAAAAGUGGGGAACAGUCAACAACUUUCCACGGGCUCACACAUGCUUUAAUCGACUAGAUCUGCCGCCGUAUGAAAAUUACGCCCAACUGAAGCAGAAACUGAUCAGCGCAAUCGAAGGCAGUCAAGGAUUUGCGGGCGUAGAUUAGUCUGUUGCCCUGCGGCAAUAACGGCACCAGAAUGGGCCCGACGCGAUCGCCGAGUUGAGUUUACUUUCGAUAUGAAACGAGAGAACAUUCCGAUGAAGAGAGGAAAAAAAGAGGAUGAAAUGAACUUAGCAAUCAGUCAAAAAAGAAUCAGUUCUGGGUGGUUAUUAUGUGAUUUGAUAAUAGUACGCGCAUUUGGUGGCAUUGUGUUUGGAAUAUUAUUCGAGGGCUAUUAUUGCUGCUUCAAGCGCGAGCAAAAGAGAUAAAAUGAAUCAUUUCGAUCUCUCGAAACUGGAAAAAGUUUAUUUUAAAUGAGUAAUCGUUCAAGGAACGUUCACCAAAAAUAUACGCUGAAUGGCAACGAGAUUCACUAUUUGCACGAAAAUGGCGCCAAAAAAUGGGUAGAUCGGUUGUUGCUGUCCUGAAAUGACGACUGCAGACAUUAUGCCCAUGAGAGAAAGAUGUUUAAAAAGAAACAUCGAUAACGUAGAGAUUGUUACAGAACUUGUACUUCAGUGCCUUCCGGUGGUUUUCAAUUUAGGUUUUUUUUCUAUUCAUACAUAUUACGUUUAAUCUGUUGCUCAAUUUACAAUCGAUUUUGCAUACCUUACUAUUUGUAACUUUUUCUUGUUUGAACUGAUAUUCAAAAUUUCGUUUCAAUAUGUUUGUUUUUCGCUCUUUUCAUUUAAUAUUCGUUAAUCUUAAGUAUCAAGGAAAGAAGCAAGGAAAUGUGAACGCCGCAAGCACACUUACACGUUACUCGCAAGCGCGUGCAUUACACCAAAAAUGUGAAAAUUCAUUCAGUGCAACAGUGCGAAUAACGGAUGCACUUUGAUUUACCCACCAAAAACAUACACACACACACUGGACAAUAUAAAAAAGGCGCCAGCAUAUAACCAUGAAAUUCCGGGCGCUCGUAUAGCGUCGCUGAAUUCACGUUGUGCAGCCAUUCGGUGGGAAUCGCGUGUUAGGCAUGGAUUUAAAAGAGAACAGAUAGAAUUGAAAAAAUAUUUUUAUACUUAUAGCAAAAAAUAUAGUUUCACAAUCAUGUAGAGAUUAAUGCAGCAUUUCCUUGAUGAAAGCGUUAACGGGGCAAAUGAGGGUGGAAUCAAUUGAGCGACGAUAAAGAUCAUGCUUUAGGGCUAGGGUAGUGGACAGGCGAGCAGUCUACCUAUGGUCACUCUCGAGCCACACUCUGUACUGAACUAUCGCUACGUUAAAGGGCAGAGGUCUCAAACACGCGGCCCGCGAAGCUGUUUUGUGCGGCCACGUCCACGGAGUAUAUAAUUACAUUAUACCAGUCAGAAUAGUCAGCAAUAAAUCACAAGAAAAUGGUCUUGUCGGUUUAGCGGACGGCACAGAAGUGACCGAUACGAUUUAUUUCAAAUCAAAACCAAAUCAAAGUGCGUAAAAUUUAAUGAAAAAACAUUUUCUUUAUGUGGUGCGGCCCGCUGACUAGCUGUUACUUUCCACUGCGGCCCACAUGUUAGUAUGAGUUUGAGACCUCUGUUAUAGGGUGAUAUUGUGUAUUCAUAGCUUUAGGGACAAACCAGACGAAAAAGUUACGUAAAAUUUAUUC